GUUAACCGGUGUAUGCAUAUGUAGUAAUAUAGAAGUGAAUAGUUAAUAAAUUCGCAAAAACAUUGAAAAUAAUUCGCAUAGAUUGUAAAGAUAGUAACAAGCUGAGUUGAUAUUAAAUUAAACCAAACGUUAACAUAACCUCAUUAUGUCGGUUUAUGUUUAGGGUAUUUGCGAAAUAUCAAAUAGCAAUAUUGAAUUUUUUCUUAUUGUAGAGCCCACGUUCACGUAGCCGUAGCCUUUCCCCACGUCGCAGUUACACUAAGUCGCCAGUUCGUCGCGGCAAUGGGCGCCGGCGGCAUUCUAGAGAAAAGUUUUAUAGCUCUCGCAGUAGAUCAGCUUCACGACAACCGCCUUCUCCACCACCACUGCCAUCAGGACGAGGUGGACGUUACUCAGAAGCCAGCCAAAGCUCUUCAACAAUAGUGAAAUUAUAGCAAAAACUUAUAUGAACUCAAAUAAUGAAAGGCAUAAUUUCAAUGUAAGAUUCGAUUUCAAAAAUAUACACAGAAUUGACUUGAACGGCAACAAUUUUCAAACAAAAACCAAAUGUUACUUCUGUGAAUUAAAAGAUCGAGAUAAUCGGCGAAACGCAAAAAAAAAGUACACAAUAUUAUCAAGUCUAAUGCAACAGCGCAAGUUUUGCAAAUUACAUCACAAUAUAAUCCUUUCAAUGAAACUCAAGUGUGAAAUGCAUUAAAAAAAUGAAUUUUUAACGGGCACACAUGAAAAGCUAAUGAUCAACACAGUUAUCAGCGCGAAUAGUUUUUUGAAAAUAUAUAUUUACACUUGGUGUGGUAUAUCCAACAUUCAAUAUUUGCAUUUUUUUCUUUCGCAUGUUAAAAGGUCACUCUCACCACGUCAUGGCCGUCGUAUAACCCGUUCACGUUCUCGCAGCACACACGAAAAUCGUCGCGGUAAUCGAGAAAAACCAGUGCAAAAUCGUUGUAUAGGUGUAUUUGGUUUAAGUGUGUAUACAACGCAACAAAAAAUACGUGAUAUAUUUUCAAGAUUUGGACCCAUCGAACGAAUACAAGUCGUAAUUGAUGCACAGACUGGAAGAUCGCGCGGAUUUUGUUUUAUUUAUUAUGAAGACAUAGCGGAUGCUAAGGCGGCCAAGGACGCUUGCUCCGGCAUGGAAAUCGAUGAUCGGCGCAUAAGAGUUGAUUACUCAACAACACAAAGACCGCACACACCCACACCUGGUGUCUAUAUGGGCCGACAAACACGGCGUGAACGUGAACAUAAUGAUCGCUAUAGAGAUGACUAUCGCCCGCGCCGUCGCUCGGGCUCACCUUAUCACAAUCGCAGCAAUAAUUACCGCAGUGAUCGAAGGCGUCGUUAUGAACGCAGCCGAAGUCGUUCCUAUUCGCCGCGGCGCGCACGCUACUAAAAUCGCUCCAUGCAUAUAAAUUAAACUGUUAUCAGUAAUUUAUACGCAAAAGAAAAAAAACACACACACACACACCUCAGUGCUAUAGUAGUGGUGUCGAAAAAUAAACUGUUACCUAUAUUUUUCAAAUGGAUUUAAUGUGCAAAAAGCGAACAAAAAAAUUACAAAAUUACAAACAGCUACUGAAUUUUAGCGUAAUAUCAUGAGUUAUUGUUUGGUUGCAUUAGUGUUUCGUUAAGGUUGCCAUACUAUAUUCAGCAUUUGGCAGCAAAUUCUUUAUUAUAAAUAAUGUUUCGAAUAAUUUGUAUUUUCAAAAAUUCAAUACUGGCAUCAACGACGUGUUCAGCAAACAGCACAAUAUUUCAGACUUUCGCCCCACUUCGGAAUUUACUCAGUUUUUUUUUUAUUGUUUAUGCUAGUUUCAAUGCAAUUACAAUUGCUACUUAUUUAAUAAUACCAUUAUUAUUUGCUUACUUAUAAUUGUUAUUAACAACACAUUUUAUUAGUUGACUACCAAACAUUUCAAUCAGUCACUUUAAUGUUUAGCAGUAGAGUGUAGUGUAUCGCAAUUUCCCAAUUAUAAAAUAUAAACAAAAACACCAGUUAAAUGUGCUGUAGCAACCUCUGCAUUAAAGAAUUUGCAUAUGUAACUAUUUAAAUGUAUGUAUGUAUGUCCACUAGACAUUAUCGAAUAACUGUGGGGUAGAAGUUUCGCUACUAUUUUUAUAUAUUAUAAAAAAAAGCGAGACUACAACUUUUGUUUACUUGUAAUUUUAAUUAGUUUUAAUAUUUACUAAUAAAAAUGGAAUAAAAGAUGAAGAAAAAAUCGAAA